UAGAUAUAGAUCUAGAUUUAUAUAUCUCUAGAAAUAACUAAUUUUCUUUAAUAAAUUACUUUGCAGUAUUUGGACUGAAAAAAAAUACCUUUCAACAAUGGGAAAGGUCAAGCGCCUGCGGCAGAAAUUUCAUGCUGCCUCUUCGAAAGCCAAAGACAAAAAAAAAUCUGACAGCCAGACAGUUGAAGAUCAAGAAAUAAUAGUAGAAUCGCCUACAAAACCAGCACCAUCUGUGAUAUCUAACAAGGACAAUUUGUUCAAAAAUGUUAAUAUUCCUGCAUUGUCAUUGCUGGCACAGAAGUUGCCAGAUUUUGAUGCUCGCAGCUCUAUCACCAGUAAAACAUUCAGAGGUCAAAAUUUAAAGAAGAAAGAUAAAAUGAAAAUUCGACAAGAAGUCUGGUUAUCCAAAAUGGAUACGUUACAAACUGCAAAGAAGAAAGCAAAGGAACGCAAAAAGAAGCAACAGACUCCUAUAGUUGGGGAUUUAAGUUCCAUGCAAGAUGCUCUACCGACACUGGAACUCCUUCUCAAGAAAACUACAGGAGAAGCUAGCGACAGGCUGGAAUUCAAAAAGCCAAAGCCUGUCCAAAAAGAAAAAGCGAGACAGAAACAGAUGUUAGAUGACAUAGCACUGUUCCAUAAAAUAGUCCAACACCCUCUGUUCAAAGAAGACGCUGUUAAUACUAUAACAGAACACUUGAAACAUAAGAUCAAAAGUGAGCAAAAUGAAGAAGAAAACCUUAACCAGGAAGUUGAUGGGAAAAGUUCAGAACCCAAGUCCAAGAAAAGGAAGAAAUGAAACAAGACAUUUGAUGGGAUUGAAUGAAAUUAGAGUGAUAUGUCUCUAUUGCUAUGUAAAUGAGUGAAUGAAAUUAAUGUGUGAUUUGUCUGAUGCUGUGAAUAGUUUAUGGCAUUACUUGUUCAGCAUGUUGUGGACAUAAUAAAUAUAUUUUUGUUUGCAAAAAUUGUUUUGAGUUUUUAUAAAGUUAUAAACCUGCAACAUAAUAAGAGAGAUGAAAUAAUGAAACACAAAGAGACAUCUAGUAUUUGAAUAACAGCACAACUCAAGUAUAGUUUCAAUAGAUUUAUCUCAGUUUUAAGCAUCCUUUAAAAAAAAAAGAUUUUCUGGAGGAAUGCAUUGUAUAAAGUACCAACAAAGUUGGUUUAUAAGAUCAAUGAAAUGACCACACAUAAACCCCAUAACCUUUUACAUUCAAAGAUAAUACAAACACAUACAGCUAAUACUUCAUAAACAUGUUCAGGUCUUUAGCUACUACCAGGUUGUGAUUGUCAAUAUGUACUAUCUUUUCAAGCUGUGUCCCGCGUGCAUAUAAAAAAAUAAAUAUGACUAAUUAAUAAGACAACAUUCCAAAGAUAGACUUUAAUUUUGGAUUUAAUAGUUUGUGUCUUUGUUCAAACUAUGACAAAUAAUUAAAUACUGGCCAGGUUUCUAUUUCAUUAAGUGUAUACCCUCUGUAGAUUUAUACUGUGCUUCAAAUAAAAAAAAACAGAAGAACUGGCAGUCUUGUGUAUGCUUACCAUUUCACUGAUCACAUACUAUGUAGCUAAUUUAAUGGCCAAUCAUAACAAAUCUACAAAACAAAACAAAUGUUUGAAAUAAAAAUUAACUAGCAUUACAAAAAAAUUAAUUAAUCCAUCUCAAGACAUAUUUUGUAAAUCAAUUUUUCACCUAUUUAAAUAGACUCAUAACUUAUAAAAUGUAUCUGACCUAUUUCUAAUAGUUUCUACAUUAGGAAGGCUUGCUAAAAGUUCAACAGAUACUGUUACAUUAAAAAAUAAAAAAAAGGUAUGCAUUGCUUACAAUCUUAAUUCCAUAAUGCAAUUAAAAGGAAAAAAAAAUUCCUUGAAUCAAAAUAACACACCCCUGGAAGCCAUUAUGUAAAUUUCUCAACAAAAAUGCUGGAAUUAUAUGACAAGCUAAUUUCAAUACUAUUGGUGAUUUUCUUUAGAACAAUGAGGUAAUAACACAAGUCUUUAGUAGUCAAUAGCAAUAAAUAUGGUAAACGUCAAUGUGAAUAACACAAAUUUUUAUGCUUUUAUUGAGCCAAGGCAAAACUAGAAACACAAGAAGGCACACAUCAUCAUGUUUGAAAACUAAGUACUUCAAUUAUCUUUCAGCCAACAUGUUUUGUUUUCAUCUCAUUUACACAACUUGACCAAAUGGAUGGAGCUACACGCCAUAUGCUAUAGGAUCACUUGCAUAGCAAAUGAGAAAACAAUUGAAUAAACCGCUUAUAUGUGAGUGUGUUUGGGGGGGGGGGGGGGGAGAAAGGGUAUUGAUAAUAUCAUCCGAAUUAUUAUUUUGAUUAAGAUUUUGUGCACUGGUUAACUAGCACAGACCUCAGCAAGGGAUACAAAAAAAACUAUGCCACAUAGAUUUUCUAAUAAUGAAACAGAGCUCGUUAUUUUAUAUGACAACAAACUAGAAAAUGUUACAGCAACUUUCACAUGGUGAACAAUGUGAUUGAACAACAUGGUUGAUGAAAAUGUUCAUUUAAUAACAAUUAUGAUAUAGCAACCACAGGGAACUGAAACAUGAAAAAUAAAUGGAACAUUAUAAAUAAUUAAAAAAAAAAAACAAAG